UGUCCUCCAAAUUGAGCUGCUUUGACGUCACAUGCAAGGGGUCUAUUAUAAUAAAUAAUGCAGAUUCUGAAUGCCCUUCUGUCAGACAGAUGAUCRAUGAAUCCCCCAUCAGGGAAUCAUCACAGAAGAAACCUUUUUUGUAACAUUUUCUUUACUGUUGGUUUGAUAUUUAAGGACAGUUUCAUGCUUUCUUAUUGCUUUUCUACAGGUUCAAGAAGUUGAUAUCGACAAAAUAGAAGAAUUUUCCACAGAAAUAUCACUAUAAAAGGGAGCUUUAAUGUCGACUACACGAAGACGAAAAGCUGCGAUCCCAGCUGCUGAACUACCUAAAUCUCCAACCAAAAAACUCAAGAAAGAUUCAGACACAUCAACUAGCACUGGCUGUGUAGAUCCACCUCAAUGGGAGUAUCAAGCAGGCAAGAAUAAGUGGUCAAAAUAUCCAGAUGAACAGAAUAAAGAAAUAUCAGAAGCUCUAAAGGAUGGCAAACCUACUGUUGAGAUUAUUCAAGGCAAAUCUACUGUGGUUGUAAACUUUGAACAAAUGGUGCAAAGAAAUGCCAAGACAGGCUUUGAGAAAAGACUGAGAUGUUUGUCUCCAGAUGACAAUAAUAACGAAUAUGUGUGGCAGUUGAAUGAAGGCAAGGAUAAAUGGACCACCUACCCACAAUGCACCAUAUUCCUACUAGAAGCAGCGAAAGCACAUGGGAUGCCAAGUGUAUCAUGGAAUGAUCAGGGAAAACAAAUAUCAGUAGAUCUGAAUAAGUGUACUCAGUCAAAAUCUGGAAACAAAACAAGCAAGAAAAUAAGGAGAAUUAAAGCAGAUUUGGCAGAUCCCCCUCCAGUUCAAAACACUUCUACCAGCACUGCAAAAACAAAGCCUGCUGAUGCUUCUAAGGUGAAAGCAGAACCUCCUCAGUCAAAGAAAGUAAAGAAAGAGACUGUGACUGCUGUUGCUGCUGUAGAUGAAGAGAAAGAACCUACAAAAAUGAAAUCUUUGGUGUUCACUGGGAAAGCUCCAGUUGAUACAUAUUGCCCUAUAAAGGAUAAGACUCAUGUCUUUGAUGAAGGAUCAUGUAUAUGGGACACUAUGCUUAACCAGACCAAUGUCCAGAACAAUAACAACAAGUAUUACCUAAUCCAGUUACUUGAGGACAAUGUUUCAAAGAAAUACUAUGUCUGGAUGAGAUGGGGAAGAGUUGGAUUUGCCGGUCAGAACAACCUAGAGACCUGCGGGGCAAAUCUGGAACAAGCAAAGAAAAUAUUCGAGAAAAAAUUCAGCGACAAAACCAAGAAUGACUGGGAAGACAGGGAUUGUUUUGAGAAAGUGAGUGGUAAAUAUGACUUGUUGAUCAUGGAUUAUAAAGCAAAUGGGGAUGAAGUGGAUGCCCCUAAAGCUAAGGAAGAGAAGCCUGCUAUAGAACCAAGCAAGCUCGAUUCAAGAGUACAAAAUUUGAUAGAGCUGAUAUGUAAUGUACAAGCCAUGGAGGAGAUGUUGAAAGAAAUGAAGUAUGAUGUGAACAAGGCACCUCUAGGCAAGCUGACAACAGAGCAGAUCAAAGCAGGAUAUGAAGCUCUCAAAAACAUUGACACCUGUAUCAAUGAUAACAACUUUGGGCAGAAGCUUGUUAAAGCAUGCAAUGAGUUCUACACAAGGAUUCCUCACAGUUUUGGAAUGAAGAGACCGCCACUUAUUGCAACCAAAGAGGAGGUGAAAGUAAAAAUGCAACUGCUUGAGGCUCUUGGUGAUAUCCAAAUAGCUGUCACCAUGUUGAAAGAGGAAUUGGUCAACAAUGAACACCCAGUGGAUCGGCACUACAAGUCACUACACUGUGAUCUAACACCUCUAGACCACGACYAUGAUGACUUUAAGAUGGUUAAGCAAUACUUAUUAAACACCCAUGCUAAGACCCACAACCAGUAUACUAUGGAGGUGGUGGAUGUCUUUGACGUAAAGCACCAGAAAGAAAGCUUUAGAGAUGUUGGUAACAGGAUGUUGCUGUGGCAUGGCUCAAGGCUGACUAACUGGGCUGGCAUCUUGAGUCAAGGGCUCAGGAUUGCACCUCCUGAAGCACCUGUCACUGGAUACAUGUUUGGCAAAGGAAUUUACUUUGCUGACAUGUCUUCCAAGAGUGCCAACUAUUGUUUUGCUACAAGAUCCAAGAACUCUGGGAUCUUACUCCUCAGUGAGGUUUCCCUUGGUAAGAGUAAUGAACUAUUGGCUGCUAACUACAAUGCUGAUCAGCUACCAGAUGGUUGCCAUAGCGUCAAGGCUUUGGGUAAGGUAGCACCAGACCCUGUGGAAACCACUACCAGGCCUGAUGGUUUGAUAGUACCACUUGGUAAGGGCAUAGACACUGAUAUCGUCAACCCUAAUGGAUACACUCUCAACUAUAACGAGUACGUGGUCUACAAUACCAACCAGGUAUAAUAUUCGUCAUAUAUUAUUCAUAUCUAUUUAUUUUAA